AUGUAUAAGGGAAGCACUGUCUGUUACACUGAAAAUAAAACUGAUCAGCUUUGUGAGAGAGACUUAAGGAGAUCAGCAGUCCUCAGGUUUCUUCUCUCCACAAAGGCGAGCCACAAACUGCUCUCAUCCUGUCAGCUGGAGACUCACGCUGUGGACCUGGAAGUUCCGUUUCCAAAGCCCUGUUCUUCCCAAAGAGAAGGCAGACCAUCAAAACAGAUGAAAGAACAGAUCAGUUCUCAGAUGACUUACCAAGGUCUGAUUUUGAGUGUGGUCUUUAUCAUGCUCUGCAGGACAGAAGCGGACACAGUGACACAGAAAAACGUGGUGAAGGUGGGUGGCAACGGGACCUUGAGCUGCCUCCUGAUGGAAUCACAUGAUAUUCUGCAAGUUACAUGGCAGAAGAAAAAUACUGGAGUGAAUGAAAAUUUGGCCACAUACAGUGUAUCUAAAGGAGUAAAUAUUGUUGAAACAUAUCGAGGUCGAUUAAAUUUCACACGCCUGUCACUAAAUGAUACGGCCAUUACCCUCUGGAGAGUUACAAUCCAGGAUGACGGAUGUUACACAUGCCUCUUUAAUACCUUUCCCUCUGGAGCCAUCGUACAAGACACCUGCUUGACUGUCUAUGAGCAGCUGAGAGGAUCUCUCCAUUAUGUCGUCUCUGAAGGUAACUUGACAGCCACUUGUUCUGCUAAUGCCUGGCCUCGUCCUGUGAUCUCCUGGAUUGUGCCAAAAGCUGAGAGUGAAAAGACAGAAGAGGUGGUCACGCACCCCAAUGGAACAGUGUCCGUCAUCAGCAAACUCUAUUUCAACAGUUCUACAAGCCUGGCAGGCCAAUUGCUGAUCUGCAGAGUACGGCACAUGGAGGAAGACAGAGAUUACAGUGUGAAAGUGAAAGAGGGCAGGUGGUUUUCAGUUCCUUGGUUGCUGACCUCAGUGGCCCUACUGGUAGUGUUCGUUGUGUUGGUUCUGACUGUGGUGUGCUGGAGAAGACGCAGGAAAAAGCAAAGCGGAGGAUUGUCUGGCUAUGUGGACUCUCUCCUCACCAGCACUCUCAGCUAUCUUCGAGACACCACUGACUUCCUGAGGAAACUACAGUCCAUCAGUGAACUUCCAGAAAACACCAUCCUGGCCACUAUGGAUGUAGAAGCCCUGUACACCAACAUUCCACACAAAGAUUCAUAG